AUGUCGUCGGGGAGCCCCAUCCAGAUCCCCAGCCGCCUGCCGCUGCUGCUCACGCACGAGGGCGUGCUGCUGCCCGGCUCCACCAUGCGCACCAGCGUGGACUCGGCCCGCAACCUGCAGCUGGUGCGCAGCCGCCUGCUCAAGGGCACGUCGCUGCAGAGCACCAUCCUGGGCGUCAUCCCCAACACGCCCGACCCGGCCAGCGACGCCGCCGACCUGCCGCCGCUGCACAGGAUCGGCACGGCGGCGCUGGCCGUGCAGGUCGUGGGCAGCAACUGGCCGAAGCCGCACUACACGCUGCUGGUCACGGGCCUGUGCCGCUUCCAGAUCGUGCAGCUGCUGAAGGAGCGGCCGUACCCCGUGGCGCAGGUGGAGCAGCUGGACCGGUUGGAGGAGUUCCCCAGCACGCUGCAGACGCGGGAGGGGCUGGGCGAGCUGUCCGAGCAGUUCUACAAGUAUGCCGUGCAGCUGGUGGAGAUGCUGGACAUGUCCGUGCCCGCCGUGGCCAAGCUGCGGCGCCUGCUGGACAGCCUGCCCCGCGAGGCCCUCCCGGACAUCCUGACGUCCAUCAUCCGCACCAGCAACAAGGAGAAGCUGCAGAUCCUCGACGCCGUGAGCCUGGAGGAGCGGUUCAAGGUGACCAUCCCGCUGCUGGUGCGGCAGAUCGAGGGCCUGAAGCUGCUGCAGAAGACCCGCAAGCACACGCCCGACGGCGAGAAGCGGGUGAUCGCCAUCCGCCCCCUGCGGAGGGUCGCGCACAUCCCCGGCGCCCUGGAGGAGGAGGAGGGGGAGGAGGAGGAGGACAGCGACGACGUGGUGCUGCUGGAGCGGAAGGUGCGCUCCUCCAGCAUGCCUGAGCCCGCCCGCCGCGUCUGCCUCAAGGAGGUCAAGAGACUCAAAAAGAUGCCGCAGUCGAUGCCGGAAUACGCUCUGACCAGGAACUACCUGGAGCUCAUGGUGGAGCUGCCCUGGAACAGAAGCACCACCGACCGGCUGGACAUCCGCGCGGCCCGCGUGCUCCUGGACAGCGACCACUACGCCAUGGAGAAGCUCAAGAAGCGGGUGCUGGAGUACCUGGCCGUGCGGCAGCUCCGGACCAGCCUCAAGGGCCCCAUCCUGUGCUUCGUGGGCCCGCCCGGCGUCGGCAAGACCAGCGUGGGGCGCUCCGUGGCCAAGACCCUGGGCCGCGAGUUCCACAGGAUCGCGCUCGGCGGCGUGUGCGACCAGUCCGACAUCCGGGGGCACAGGCGCACCUACGUGGGCAGCAUGCCCGGCCGCAUCAUCAACGGCCUGAAGACGGUCGGCGUGAACAACCCGGUGUUCCUGCUGGACGAGGUGGACAAGCUGGGCAAGAGCCUGCAGGGCGACCCGGCCGCCGCGCUGCUCGAGGUGCUGGACCCGGAGCAGAACCAUAACUUCACCGACCACUAUCUCAACGUGGCCUUCGACCUCUCCCAAGUCCUCUUCAUCGCGACCGCCAACACCACGGCCACCAUCCCCGCGGCCCUGCUCGACAGGAUGGAGGUCAUCCAGGUGCCAGGGUACACGCAGGAGGAGAAGAUCGAGAUCGCCCACCGGCACCUGAUCCCCAAGCAGCUGGACCAGCACGGGCUGAGUCCGCAGCAGCUGCAGAUCCCGCCGGCCACCACGCUGGGCCUCAUCACCAGGUACACCCGGGAGGCGGGCGUGCGCUCCCUGGACAGGAAGCUGGGCGCCAUCUGCCGAGCCGUGGCCGUGAAGGUGGCCGAAGGACAGCACCGGGAAGCCAAGCUGGAGCGUGCGGAGGCGCCGGAGGCAGAAGGCCGAGAGCUCUCGGACGACGCGGAGCCCCAGCCCGUCAGUGACAGCAGCGGCGCCGGCCUGGCCCUCCCCCCCGAGAUGCCGAUCCUGAUCGACCUCCACGCCCUCAAGGACAUCCUGGGGCCCCCGAUGUACGAGAUGGAGGUGUCCGAGCGCCUGAGCCAGCCGGGCGUGGCCAUCGGCCUGGCGUGGACGCCCUUGGGCGGGGAGAUCAUGUUCGUGGAGGCCAGCCGGAUGGACGGCGAGGGCCAGCUGACGCUCACGGGUCAGCUGGGGGAUGUCAUGAAGGAGUCCGCCCACCUCGCCAUCAGCUGGCUCCGCAGCAACGCCAAGAAGUACCACCUGACCAAUGCUUCUGGAAGUUUCGAUCUUCUCGACAACACGGACAUCCACCUGCACUUCCCGGCCGGAGCCGUCACCAAGGACGGGCCGUCGGCCGGGGUCACCAUCGUGACCUGCCUGGCCUCGCUGUUCAGCGGGCGGCUGGUGCGGUCGGACGUGGCCAUGACCGGGGAGAUCACGCUGCGGGGCCUGGUGCUCCCGGUGGGCGGCAUCAAGGACAAAGUGCUGGCCGCGCACAGAGCCGGCCUGAAGCGGGUCAUCCUCCCGCAGAGGAACGAGAAGGACCUGGAGGAGAUCCCGGGCAACGUGCGCCGGGACCUGAGCUUCGUCACGGCCAGCCGCCUGGACGAGGUCCUCAACGCCGCCUUCGACGGGGGCUUCUCGGUCACGGCCAGGCCCGGCCUCGCGAACAGCAAGCUGUAG